AUGAUGGGCAUCGACUACGUGAACGCCGAGGCAAACAUCGCUAAGAACCCCAAAGUGACGGCCAUUAACUCCUGCAUCGAAGUGGAUCUCGUGGGUCAGGUGUGCUCCGACUCUAUUGGCACCCGUGUCUACUCCGGUUUUGGAGGUCAAGUGGACUUUUUGCGGGGCGCGGCCAACGGCCUGGACGGCAAGGGUAAGCCCAUACUGGCCAUGGGCUCCAUCACGAGUCGCGGCGAGUCGAAGAUUGUGCCGUUCCUGAAACAGGGCGCCGGUGUGGUGAGCACCAGAGCCCACGUCCACUACUUGGUCACUGAGUACGGUAUCGCCGAGUUGUUUGGCCGCAAUUACCGGCAACGGGCCUACGCUCUCAUACAGAUCGCCCAUCCGGACCACCGCCAGGCGCUGGAAAAGGCCGCGUUUGAUAGGUUGAAGUGCAUGCCGUCACCCGAUUAGAUGGCCGGUGCUGUUUGGCCAGUGAUCUGUAGCGUAAAUUUCAGACAUUAAUGCAUACACUUAUGUCUUGUAAUUAAUUAAUUGAUUAGAUUUUUUUUUGUUUUGCUGUAUAUAUCGAUGAGUUGUGCAACAAAUUUGUAGUGUUUUUUAGGCACAGGUACUGUCAGUUCCUUUUCAAUGUGUCCAUUAGUGUACACACAAUGUUUGUGUCCAGUAGUGUACACCCAUUAGUGUUGAGCAUAUUAUUAUUAAUUAGAUGUACACUAAUACUGAUUGCACACACCAUUAGAUAUAUUAAACUAUAGGUAUGUUUAUUAUACCGUAAACUGUAUUUUUUGGUUCAAUUAUUGACCCAUUUUUGGGUUAUUUUUCGGGUUAAGUCGAAAGGAGAGG